AGUCAGAGGUCAGCUAUGGAUUCACCCUGUUGUGCUCACUGAAGCAGCUCUCGCUUAGUAAAGAAUGCAGUCUGACAAGACAACAGCUGCCGGGGUUGACUAAAGACCUUGACAAGAAAAAAAAAAAGUCAUUGUUUACUCGGGUGACACUUAGAGGAAAGGCCAUGGAUCAAAGACUUUUGUCUCUUACGAACUCGUUAUAUCCAGUAGAAUAGGCAACAAGCCAUGAUCAUGAGGACCAACAUGGAAGACGAAGGUGACCCACGAGAAUGUGAUGGGCAACAAAAAGACAAGAAACUACGAGGCGACAACUAUGGGUGGGGUUCGUUAAAACCUGCAACUUUACAGGUGUUGAACAAUCCAAAGGCAGCCCUCGCUUUUCUGUCCUGUGCGAUUUUUACACAAGCUAUGACAGUAAACGGACUGGCCAGGAGUGUAGUGACCACAUUGGAGCGGCGGUUUCACCUGACCAGUACGGACAUGGGCGCUGUUCUCAUAGCGAAUGACGUGGCCAACUUCGUUUCAUCACUGCCGAUAAGUUAUCUUGGUGCCAAGAACAAACCCCGUUGGCUCGGCUGCGGCAUGCUCCUGCUCGCCGUGGGAGCCUCCGUCUUCGCCCUUCCGCACUUCGUAGCCGAACCUUACCGAGUGGUGCCGACGACAUCGCACGAGUUGUGCCGAUCCAACGCCUCGAACUUCAGUGCUUCUGUCCAUUUUAACUCUUGGAAUCAGACUAAAUGUGGAAACACUACCAGCAGUUCCGGUCAGGGAAUACAGGGCUACAUGUACGUCCUGGUCUUGGGGAAGUUUCUGAUAGGAAUCGGCGCAUGCGCACUGUUCAGCCUGGGGGUGACGUACAUCAACGAGAACACCCCGUCCAAUCAGUCUUCGGUAUACCUCGGUAUUUUCUACUCUUUCUCCAUCGUGGGCCCAGCCGUUGGUUACCUUCUAGCCAGUGUUUUCCUGAAGAUACCUACGGACAACACAUUUCCCAAUAAUAUUGACCCAGAACACCCCCAGUGGAUAGGAGCGUGGUGGAUAGGAUUCAUCCUCACCGGCGCAUUGGCUGUCGUGGCAGCCAUCUUUAUUCUGGGCUUACCGAGGAGACUAUCGAGAAAAGUCGAAGGUACAAGAGUUGCUUUCAAGUUGCAAAUCAUGUAA